AUGAAGGAGUACAAACUAGUUGUAUGCGGCUGUGGUGGAGUUGGAAAAAGUGCACUGACUGUGCAAUUCGUUCAAGGAUUGUUCGUGAGUUCGUAUGACGCGACAAUCGAGGACAGUUAUCGCAAGCAUUUUACCGUCGAUGGAGAAGAAUGCCGGCUAGAAAUCCUGGACACGGCCGGUACGGAACAAUUUAGUGGUAUGCGAGAUUUGUAUGUUCGAAAUGGGCAUGGAUUUAUUUUGGUGUAUUCAAUCAAUGAUCGAAGUUCUCUGAACGAACUCAAAGAGAUUCGUGACACAAUUGUGCGUCUCAAGCAACAUGCAAAUAUCCCUAUGGUUGUCGUUGGAAACAAGACCGAUCUGCCGAGGAUGAUACCUACCAGCGCUGGACGAGAUCUUAGCAAACUUUUUGGUUGCUCCUUUUAUGAAGCUAGCGCUAAGCUGAACGAAAAUGUUUCAGAGAUUUUUACGGAUUGUGUACGACAAAUAAGCAAAGUUGGAUCGUACUCACAUACGAAGAAAACUCUCCGACUAUGUAAGAAGACUUCACCAAGAGACGUUUCGCAUCAACCAAGCGGAAUGAAUGCUUACCGGAUUCGACAAGACAUGUGGAUGCAUCAGACUCCAGCUGAAGACGAUAAAGACGAUAAUCAUGCAAAACAGGUGGGUCUUGGAUGUCCCAGUCACGGUCAACGGAAUGACCAUAUCCGAAUGUACCAGAUACAUUUAUCCAGGUCGGAAAAAGUACAUGAAGAACGACCUAAUCUCCGGGCUGGGCAGGAAGUAACGAGCGCUUGGGAAGCUUAUGAGAGCAUCGAGGAUGUAGUGAAGAAAACAUGGAACACCUGA